AGCUGUCAUAAUAAGUCAACUUGUUGGGAGUGGAACCAUUCAGCUGUCGUUUGUGGAGCAUUGUUUUUCAGAUUCUCUUGUAAUCAGCAGACAACUAAAUGAUUGGCCCUACAAGAGAAAAGAGGAGCCACAUUUUAACUGAAUGAUUCCUGAAUUACCAGGGCUGAGGAGUCUGGAUGGAACUUACCACGUUAAGUCGGAAACGAUCUCUGUUAAAUGAAUGUGAAAACGAGCCUCCACUGUACACGAAGAAAUAUUUGUCCAGUCUGAAAACUCUGCUGGACAGAUAUGAGACUGACAGAGACCCAGAGCAUGCCAAACUGAACCAAGCUUUGUGUUCCAGGACGAGCUGGGCGCGUCCCUGCACACCUGACGCCUGUGGGAAUGGAAGGUCACAACUCCUGACGGACACUGAGAGCUUCUUCCACCAGAUAUCAUCCUGGGCUGACACACAAUACUCUGUCAAGAAAGUAUUGGAGCAUCUCAAGUUUAGACAAGCCACCAAUGACAUUUUACUAAAUGAGUCAGUUAACAAGAAAUUUCUGGAGUUUCGCCGUGACUUCACUGAGGAAUGUGGUGCAGAAGAUAAGCAGCAUUCAUGGGCCGUUAUUGAGAAACAGGAGGAGGUCGUCAUGUAUGGACCUUAUUAUCCUAAUUACAACAACGGAGAACACAGCGAGGACAUCAUUAUAAAACAAACCCAGGAACUUCUGGAGUCAGAGACUGUCUCAGAGAAUUGGAAGGUGUAUGUUUUCACCAUGAACAGCCCGUGUUUGGCUAGAAAUACAGAUCCAUGCAUGCUGAACCUGGUUCAGAAAGCCAAGGAGUGGUGGAGCGUGUAUGGAGUAAAGACUCAUAUUGGUUAUAUGAAAAACUGGGGCUUCAAAGGAGCUAAAGAAAAUCUGUUCAGGGAUAUUAACUACAGCCAAGUGAACAGUAUCGAUCAGGUUGAGGACCAUGAGAACUACGUCAAAGCAGCUGAAAAGGCUGAUCUCAAUCCAUUAUGUGAAAAUCUGUUUUCUGAUUUCAAAUUCCUUCAGAGAUCUACAAGGUUCUCUUUGAUAAACAGUGUGCAGGGGUCGGAAUGGAAGAGUUACUUCAAAAGUAUGCACAGCAUUUUUGAAAGCAAACCAGAAGAGGAGAAGAAAAUCUGCACACAGGAGGCGGACACUGUGAUUGAAGCUGCACGAGUUCUGCUUACAGAAAAAAGUGGAAGCUUUGAGGAAUAUUUAGACAAGGGUGGUGCAUUUGCUUUUCAUUACACUUUUAGCUCACAAGUAUCUGACGUCAUCCAGCAUCAAAUGAGACUCGCAUUUCAACAGUGUUGGAAGGAGAUGGUGCAGGACAAAUAUGCCGAGAUCAUCAGGGAGAAGCUGACUGAAGACUUCAAUCAAUGUGCCGUCCAGCUUUUUAUCAAAGAUAUUGUAAAGUUCACAAAAGAAUACUUAGAAAUUGGAAGGAUGCAGUUUUCAGAAGCUCCACAAGUUGUCCGAUAACUUAACUCUUUGCCAAGAUAUGAGGAAGCUACUGUAAAUUUUUCACACGUUUGGUGUGCAAUUGAAGUGAAAGGACUGACACCAAACGUUUAUAUCAUACAUACCAAUGACAUUAUGACAAAAUGCUUUGUCUUUAUUAGUUUCCUCAGUAGAGCUACAGUUGCACACAGAGGAAGGGCAUCAGGUAGUGUUAGUCCACAUGUCCACAUCUCUCACUGUGUCUUUACUUACAAAAUAUCACAAAGGCUUUAUUACAAUUAUACUGGAGUGGAGUUUUUACAUAUAUGCUCAUAUAUUUGUUGAUAAUUACAUGUGGUGAUGUCCCACAUUAACACAUGUUGCCCCAGCCCUCCAUGCUUUUCAUGAGAAAAUCAAAGCAUGAAGUAUUUGAUAACAAUCUGUACAGUCUUGAUACAAUGCACUGUCAUAAAGUCUAUCAAACAACCUUCAGCUAAUAGAUAAUGGUUAGAUGAUUGAGUAGUUUGGGGCUGAGCCUUUUAACAAUAAAUACUAGCAGGAUUAAAGACAAUUAUGCUUUUUUUAUGGAUGCACAUCUGCACUUGUGUCAGCAGAGGGAGCUAUGUGCCAUUACUUCUAUCUGCAUUCAUAAUGUGCAACUUAACUUUGUUGCAUAGGUAGUUUAUAUUGUAUUUUUUCAUAGAUAUGUCAAUACCGACUCACGUAAAAUCGAAAGAAAUGCCGUUCAGGCAACUGUCCUGAAACAAAGUGGGAGAUCAUGUAUGUUGAAGGUCAAAUCUCUGGUGUUGAGGAGUGAUGAUGUCUCGAGCAAUUCUCUCUUACAAUAAGUAAGGAAGAAAUGCUCAUGAUUAUCUACUCUUUGUAAAAUUAGAUGUACUGUGAAAUUACACCUCUGCAUUACAAUCAAUGGCAUCACAUAUGAAUGACUGUAAUCACUGAAUGUCAAGUUUGGGAAAUGUUUAAAGGGUCAGUUCAUCGGAAUCUUAAUUCACAUACAUAUCCGUUUCCAUUUUGAGAUAUCUCUGCUCAGACUGAGUCGCCCUAUUACAGCUAAGAUGACUGCAAAUUAAUUGACAUCCUUUAAAAAUUUAUGAAAAUAGCAAAGUGCUUUGGAUACUCUGGAUUAUCCAAAGACUCAUCACAUUUUGAAUCAUCUGCCAAACAUACAAAUCACUGAUCACAUUGAGGUCUGUGGAUUAUUAAGUAACCGCCACAUUGUUUGUUCUGUAAAGAGACUAGCUCUUGAGUUUUUGAAAAAUAAGUUUUCCUUCACCUACAUCGCAUGCAAUGCAAGAAAAUAGGCCAUCCCCUUGUGAGUGUCACAAAAUACAUAGUUGUUGUUUUUCUUAUUAAUGUGAACUGACCCUUUACAUACACUUGCUACUCCAUGGUGCUACGUUUCACUUUAAAGGGUGCUGUUGUGAUUCUUGUGUGUGUGUCCAUCAUUCUUUGGCAACUUGUUCAUAUCAAUAUGAAAAUGAAGACUAUUAUAUUGAAAUAAAAAUAACUCAGGCAAAGAAAGUCUGAACAUCAA